AUGUGGUGCUUCGGCAAGAAAGGGGCGUUCGACGGUAGGUUUGGUGAAAGUGGUGUUGUGAUUAAAGCCGGGAUCGACAACUUCAAGGUCGGAGGUCUCGAGAUGACCAAGGACAGGCAGAAGCUGUUCAUUGACGGAAGGAUCAAAUACUACAGUCUCGAGAUCAUGUGUCUCAAGCUGACCGAGAGCUUACUGUUGAGCCUCAAAGCUGAUGUUGUGGUCAAGAAACACAAAUCGCUUGAGGAAGCCGAGAUGAGCUUCGAGGCGAUUUUGGAGACUGACAUCUUGAAUGUUAUUUUGCAAGGCAUCAUGGACGGUAUUGACACUCUGCAUAAGCUAGCUGACAGGGUGAUCGAUGAUGCAAGAAAUGACUUGACUAAAAGGCUCGCCCAAAUGGAAGCUGCACUGAAAGCAAUGAAGAAGGAGCUAGACAAGCUUGAAAAUGAGUGCACUGCAGAAACCUCGAAGAAGCAAAAGGAGAUCGACAAGGAGAACGAGCUAUUGAGGGGACUUCAUGAUGAGAAUGAUGAAGCCGUAGAGGCUUAUCGGAAAGCAAAUGAGGCCAAGGAUCAAAAUGCGAAGGAGAUUCACAGGUUGGAAAAUCAGAGAGAUGAGGCAAGAAGAAAACUUGGUGAGAGAAAGACGAAUAUGAAGAAGAAGUAUGAAGAAGAGAUUGAGAAAGAAACAGUAAAGAGGAACGCUACGGAGCAAGAGAAGAGAUUGAUUGAUAGUCGAGAGAUGUGCUGA